GGGCAUGCGCACUCGGGCGGCGCUUCUCCUGUCAGCGCGGCCGGCGAGUCUCCGCAGGGAAGCAGCGCGGCGCCGGCCAGCGGGAUGCGCUUCUCGCCGCCCGGAGACCCGCCGCCGCCGCCGCCGCCUCGGUCAUGGACGUGGAGGAGGCCUUCGCUCAGGUGGGCCAGAUGGGGCCCUUCCAGGUCUGGCUCUGCGUCUUGCUGGCCGCGCUGCUCCAGCUCUAUGUGGCCAGUGAAGCAAUCCUCAUUGCCCUAGUGGGGGCCACACCUCCUUACCAUUGGGACCUUGAAGGGACCUCUGCAAAUAAAAGCCAUAGCAAUGAGUCGGCUAGCGAAGAAAGAACUUUUGGGAAGUGGCUCCUGACAGCCAAUGGGAGUGAAGUUCAGAAACACAUACACUUUAGCAGCAACUUUACAUCAAUAGCCUCUGAGUGGUUUUUAAUUGGCAACACAUCAUACAAGAUCAGUGCUGCCAGUUCGUUUUUCUUCAGUGGUGUGUUUGUUGGAGUGAUUACUUUUGGACAGCUCUCAGAUCGUUUUGGACGGAAGAAAGUCUACCUUGUAGGUUUUGCCCUUGACAUUUUGUUUGCUGUUGCUAAUGGAUUCUCCCCUUCGUACGAGUUCUUUGCAGUCUCUCGCUUCUUGGUGGGAGUAAUGAAUGGCGGGAUGUCAUUAGUGGCUUUUGUCCUCCUGAACGAAUGUGUGGGCACUGCUUAUUGGGCUUUGGCAGGAUCAGUUGGUGGCCUCUUCUUUGCUGUGGGAAUUGCCCAGUAUGCUUUGUUAGGAUAUCUCAUUCGCUCCUGGAGAAUACUAGCAGUUGUGGUUAACCUGGAGGGAACAGUAGUCUUCCUCCUGUCUCUAUUCAUUCCUGAAUCACCUCGGUGGUUGUAUUCACAAGGACGGCUGAGUGAAGCGGAAGAUUCCCUCUACCUCAUUGCAAAGAGGAACCGCAAACCAAAGUGCACUUUUUCCCUUAAACUCCCUACUGAACGGAGUUAUAAAGAGACCAGUAGCAUCCUGGACCUGUUCCGGUACAAGAUCCUUUUGGGACGUACUCUGAUCAUGAUGUUCAUCUGGUUCGUAUGCAGCUUGGUUUAUUACGGUCUUACUCUCAAUGUGGGUGACCUGGGUGGCAGUGUCUAUGCCAACCUGGCUCUUUCUGGGCUAAUAGAGAUUCCAGCAUACCCUCUCUGCAUCUACUUGAUUGGCCGAAAAUGGUUUGGCCGUAAACGGACGCUUGCAGCAUUUUUGUUCCUGGGAGGACUGGCCUCUCUUAUCGUCAUGUUUCUUCCACAAAAGAAAGCUACAGGAGUGUUUGCCAUUGUAAACAGCCACUCAUUGUCUUUACUGGGAAAACUGACCAUCAGUGCAGCAUUUAACAUUGUCUAUAUCUACACAUCAGAACUUUAUCCUACAGUGAUCAGGAAUGUUGGAAUGGGAGCCUGCUCCAUGUUCUCCCGAAUUGGUGGGAUCAUCGCUCCUUUUGUUCCGUCUUUGAAAUCUGUGCAAGGGUCUCUGCCAUAUAUUGUGUUUGGUGUGGCGGGCUUGUUCGCUGGUCUUCUGAGUCUGUUAUUGCCAGAAACCCUAAAUAGCCCCCUGCUGGAGACGAUAUCUGAUCUACAGGUUUGCUCGUAUCGGCGGCUAGGAGAUGAAGCUGUUUCGCUGCAAACAAUGGAAAGCUCACGGUCUGACCACGAUAGUUCAGCGGGGAGUGGAAGUGAAGAUGAAGAGUUCUAUGAUGCUGAUGAAGAGACUCAAAUGAUCAAGUGAUGGAUAAAACACUUCUGUUAAAUGCUGUGUCCUUUAUGAAUUAUCCAGCCAGCUUUAUCUGAACAAACCUAAAAGCCAGGAGCAAUCAGUGAGCAGAAGAACCGCACUAUUGUGUCUGCUUUUAGGAGAAAAGUAGGACACCGUUGACAGCUCUUGCAAAUAGGAUGACUGCUUGUCAGUGACAGCUCUGGCAGAUGUAGACUGCUCCUGAUUUAUAGACAAGUAAGGCAUUUGCAGGAUACGCAUUGUCUGACAGCACUUGUGAAUCCUCGGCCCCAACGUUUAGCCAGCUCUCUUCUGCAUCUAUUGCAGGUUUUUCCCUUCACUUCUUGGAAGUGGUCUGUUUGUUAAGCUUGGAUUUUAUGCUACCCUGGUGAAACUUGAUUGUGGAGAGGCAUUGUUAACUAUUUAGUGGGGGAAAUGUGAAGUACUGCAAGAUGUGGCAUUUUUUGCUGUCAAUGCAAUUCCUGGUGGUUCUGCAUUGUGUGUGAUUUUAAUCUUGGGGUAAUGCAGAAAGGGGAUCAGGCAUGGUUCUAUAUAACAGAGCAAGACUACAGAGACCUGUAAUACAGACCAACUGAUUUAAAAGGCAACUGAAUCACAGUAAUGGUGGAUUCACAACUUCGUUUUAAAAGUUUUUAUUUUAACUUGCCUUUGUUGACCUGUUACGUUGCCUCUUUUGGAUAUUUCAGUGCCAUUUGUCAUGUACGCCUUUGGUGAAGGAGUCAUCAAGGUGAGGUAACUCAUUCUUCUUUGGCCUUACCCUUGCCUUACAAAAACGGUAGGAGCAAUUGCCUCUUGCUGGUUAAAUGGAAGGGAAGUCUAGCAGGUGUUGCUAAUUUGGAUUCAAUCUGUGUUUGGUUUCUACUUGUCAAGGCACUACAGCUCUGUGUUUACAAGGAAGCUUUUCCUUUUUCAGAAGUGUGCGGCUGUGUGUAGCGCUAGACAUUUCUUCCUCCCCUUUAGAAAGGAGCAAUUUGAGCUGCACAAUAAUCCACCCAGUGCCAUCUCCUCCGUGCUUCAAGCAUAUUGAUACUUACAUCGGCUCCCUUUCCCCUCCUGUAUUUAAAUGGGAGAGAAGAGACUUGAGGCCUGAGAUGGGAGCUCCUGAAAGCUUUUCCAAUCACCACCUGUGACUGCAAGACAAGGGUGGUUGUGUGUCCAUUGAAAGGUUUCCUACUGCUCAUGCAGUCAUCGUGUUCAGUGGGUUCAGUCUUGACGGAUUCAAGAUUACACCUAGAUACGAAGCAUGUAUCGUUGCCUCUCUCAACUUGGUGAAGAUCUGAUAGCUUCCGUUUUGAACCCAGCUCCACAUUUGAAACAGAGAUGUGCCUAACACUAACUAGGGAACAAAUGGUCAAUGGCAUCUGGGCCAGCAGUUCUUGGUGCUUUAGAUACUUCUUUGGUUUCCUGUCUUGAGGCAGAAAACUGGAAGACAUGGUCUAGGUUAGGAGAUCUUUUCCAACCACGGUAGUUGCUCCAAAUUGUUUUUACCAAAACUAAAACAGCAGUAGGAGGCCUAUCUGUGCUGGCAGGUUUCUACAAGACUAACUGAAGCUCAUGCUCUGCUUUAUAAAGGGACCAAUCUUCACAGGAUCAACUUCUUUUUAAUCAAUCCAGACUCACAGACUAGAAGGCAUUUUUCUACUACAUUUUGUGUCUAAAGAUAUUCAUGUUCCUGGGCAGGGACUUGAUGUUUGGUUGUUUCACUUUUGACUCAAGUCGCAGAAGAUCUGAUAGCAUUUUGUUUUCCCCAGGUAGCCUUUUUGGUUUCGGGAGAAGCACAUUUUCCUGGCGUCUGUUGAGAAAGCAAUGCUCUUGCCUAGGACUUAGCUCCAGUUAGGAAGGCCAGGCUGAGCUUGUAUGUGUUUCAUGGGCACCUAUUGACAAGUGAACAGCAGCAACACAUUCCACUUUCCCUUUACCCACCCUGCUCACAAUAUUUUAUACAUCAGCAUUUUUCAUCAUAGUUUCAUUUUAGUGGGGAGGUCUAUUUCUGAGCUUUAUAUUCCUCCCAAUAUGCAAACACACUGUAAGGACAGGGAGUAGGAGCAGGCAGUCGGCACAACACAGCUCUCCUCCCUCCCUCCCCCCCCCCUUCUGUAGCUGAUGGGCUUUGGUUCGUUCAAAACCAUUUGCUCCUAACAAAUGCAGGAGGGCAGGGGAGACCGGGGGGGGGGGGAUGUUGUUGGAAAAGUAGAAAGGCUUAUGAAAGUUGUCCCUUUUUUUCAGGGACAGAAGCUCAGUCAGAGCUAUGAGGUUUCAGAAAAUCCCUCCUCCUGAAAUUGAAAAGUGGUGCUAUCCUUUUGUCUUUUCAUUAAGAUAAGCUGCAUUAAGAGUGCAGUGAGUGCUAGGGUCAGACUACACCAGAAAGGAGAGAACUUGGAAGCCUGCAUGCUUACUAGGGGUAAAAUCCUGUUGAAAUUAGAGGGACACACCUUGGUCAGUGUGUGUAGAAUUGCACUGUAAGGGAAAAUGCUUUUGCAGAUUCAAAUAAAAAUCUGGAUUCGUAGGUUUUCCUUCUUGUGUGCAGGUCCUCUUUUAACUGGUUUGUCCUUUGACCUUUCCUCAUCAGUUCAAACAGACAGUCUGCUUAAAGAAGUUAUUGGGAGCCUGAAACAGGUCCAAUAUAUAAAAACCCUUUAAAAUGGGUAAAUCAUGAUCAGUGAUGUAGUGAUGCUACUUUUUGAAAUCCUCAAAUGAUCGGUUUUUUUUGCUUCAAUUAGUUGUUGGAGAUAAUGCUUGCGUUGCCGUAUAAUACAUCUUUAAAUACUAAAUUCACGUGUGUGUACACACACAUACACACCUGGAUUAGUAAAUGAUCUGGCACAGUGGAAAUGGAAUGCCUUGCCUGGAAGCCAGGAAGGAAUGUCUUGACGGAAGAAGGCAGGCCACUUGCAGGUAGAUAGUUUUCUCUUAGUUUUUCAAAGCCCAGGAAGGAGAGCCUUAGUAGAAAGGAGCACACUCAGGCCAAACAAGAGUAUGUGCUCACUUUCCUCGCUUUGCGUGUCUUGAGAGGAGCACUUUUGGAUGACAUUAGACCUUUUCAUUGGAGGCAUUGUUACAAAGCAAUAAAGUACUGUAUAUGAGAAACUUACUGGAACACAGCUGCUUUCAUCAUCUGAAUGGGAGAUCCAGGGAGGACCACUUCCUAAGCCUUUUCACCUGUGUCUUCUCCUAGCCUAACUAUUUUUAGACGGCUGUUCCAAUUCAUUAAAUCUAACAUAAGAAAAUGAACUUUGGUUUCUCUUGCUUAAAAGUUGCUUAAACUGUACACAAUGUUUAGGACUUCGUAAGCCCUGAUAUAGUUAAACUGUUGUAGAGUCCCAUUGAAUGGAGUUCUGAUGACUGCGGUCCCACUGUAUAUAUGAAUUAGUCCUCAAGGUGAGAAAUCUCUGGGAGGAAUGAGAAGGUUUGUUUUUUCUCAUAAGCACUUUAAUGUCUCUGGAAGGAUUUAUUACUUUGCAGAUAGCACCUAGCCAAAGAAAUAAAUGUCGAGAUCUCGAAAAAGUUACAUUUUUAUUGUGUGGAUAUCUAAUAUAGCCACGGCUUAAUGUUAGCCAAAUCUGGAGCAGGAUAGUUGACUGGAAGAGCAAGGUGCAGAGCUGGCUCUUGAGGGGAAGCUCAAACUGGCUACAGCCAAAUCAGUCCCUGGAAUGUCUGCUUUAAUCGGUCACUGAUAAAUUUGCUCCUUUGGGGGCAUGUUCAGUACGGGGCUAAAGGGCAAACUCAAUUAGGAGCUCACAGCUUCUCCAAGUUACCCCAAAUAUAUAUAUAUUUUAGGGACCAAUUUAAGGAACUUGAUGCCUUAAAUGCUAUCAGUUGCUGUUUUGUCACACAAAUGGUACUGCACUUAAAAAACAAAACAAGACCCCUUGCUAACAGAUGAAAGGGCUUGACUGGGUAGGAUCAGAUUGACUGGUGGGAUCAGAUUCAGUCUGCAGCUCCUGUACUUCGCCAGAGCUUGCCAUUCUUAACCCUAAAUGAUAAGCUAUUCAGAAAUGUUAAUGGUUUUUUUAAAAUAAUGUUUUAUUAGGUUUUUUUGUACAAAAUUUGACAUUGUUCAGUUCACAUUCAAUACAAUACUUUCUUACAUUUUGACUUCCCAUCCUUACGUCCGUGAUUCUCCUAUUGUAAUCCUUUAUCUGCUGCCAUAUCUACCAUUUAUUUUCCCUUAUAUUGUAACUUGUAUUACAAUAAUUUAUUUCUUCUCCUUCCCUUGCCUAGAAUUCAAAUCCUGCUCGCGAUUUCAUUUGACUGUAAUUUUUCUUAAAUAGUCCAAAAAGAAUCUCCGCUCUUUGACUAAAAUUUCAUCUUUUCGAUCUCUUUAUUUUUGCUGUCAACUUCGCCAUCUCAGCAUAGGCCAAUAACUUUCAAAUCCAUUCUUCUUUUGUUGGAACUUCUGCUUCUUUCCACUUCAGAAAUGUUAAUUGUAACUCAUUCAAAGAUGUCUGUGGAGCCAGUGCAGAGAUUUUAUCCUGAAGGUGCUUUUAUGAACCGUAAAUGCUGUUAUGUUUCUUAAUACAGAAUUUGGGGCACUCUGAAUACAGGAAACAUAUGGGCAUGUACACUUCUUAACACAUGUGAAAAGAGACUCUUGCUAUCAAAUGUAUUUUGUGUGUUGCUAAAAUCAUCGUCUUGUUCUAUAAUGGUAAAGGUGUAACUUCCUAUGUACUGCAUUCCUAUACAUGCUAGCCCUGUCCUUUUAAAUAUGUUUGUGUCACAGUUGAGUAUGCUCUUGGUUCAGAUGUGUUUUUGUUUUGUUUCCCCAGCUCCCCAUCCUCACAUUUGCCAGAUUAAUUGCUGAAUUUUAAAAACUAAGAGGCAGGGUAGGGUGUAGACAAAGUUUACGAAAGUUGAAUGCAAUCUGUGAGAGCUUUGUUUCUAAAGAACUUUACAUAUAUUAUUCCAUUGCAUUCAACAGGUUUUUGACCCAGAGACAAAAAUUAACAUCAUGAGCAGCAACCCCGUUUUCAAGUCAGCUUCUGAUCUCUCAGAAAGGUGACACUCUUGCCUGAAAAUAUUUAUUCGCAUCAUUUGGCUUCAGCCCCGUAUAAUAACAGUAUAUAGUAGAAUUAAAACAGAAAUUCACUAGGGAAACCUUUGCCCCACUGGAAAUGUUAAUGAUCUUUGAAAACUGUAUGAUUAUAAUUUUACAUACCUAUGUAAACUCAUUAGGACAAUUUUACUUGUGUAGGAUUUGGCUUGUAGCCUGAGGGCUUAAGAUAUUUUCCUGUAUUGGAAAGCUGUAAAACUGCCUUUGAUUUGCACAAUCUGUGUAACGUGUGUUUGACUUACUUUGUGCCUUUUCCCUCUUUUCCCACUUCCAAAACCUCAAUAAAAACAAGGCCAUCUGCAAUA